GUAUCACUCGUUAGCGAUGCAUCCGAAUUCAAAGCUGGCUAGGUCGGGUUCGACAAAGGGGAGUCGAUGAGGAACCGACAUGGCUCUGAAUACUUGGUACGAAGGCCUGCCGGCGGGCAGCCGUGCUCCAAAGCAUUCUCGGCUUGAGGGUGGGGGUGAUUCGAGGGACGACUUACGCUUACUCUGUGACUGCGGCCAUGUUCCCGAGUCCCUUGCCGAGUCGGAGGCCGAGAGCUCCUCGGGGGAGCGUUGGUGUGAAGGCGGACGGAUGCCAUUGGUGAGGCUACUGAUGGGGGGUAGAGUUUGGCUGACGGGGGGGUAUUGCGGUUGCUGUUGUUGCGGCGACGGCAGCGCAUGCUGCGGUGACGGCCUGCGCGGCGACGCUACGCUUUCCGUCAUGGUGUGGGCGUGCCUGAGACACUCCCCGGACCAAAGUUUCUGCUAUGAGAGAUGUUGCCCUGCAGGGGAGAGCUCGAUUGCGUGUGCGCUCGUAGAGAAAGGUCGGCGACGCGUACUCGGCGGGUAGAGCAGGUGGGUGCAAGGCGCGCGUGGAGGAGGAACUGGACCUCUGGCGGCUUGAUGAAACGAAGCACAAAGGAGCCUGUGUAUGCGACGCGGGGCGGGUUCACAAGUGUACCUCUGCCAAACUGCGCAGGGAGGAUGAAAAUUUGCAAGGGCGGGAGGGCGUCAGGAGGUGAGAAGCCGAUGAAUCGGUGGAUGGGGGAAAGGGGAAAUGGCGAUGGCGAAUUGAUGGCCAGAGACGCGGCGCAGCGCUGGCGCACGUGUGAGACCCGUGGGACAAAGUGGUUGAAGAGCGGCAACGUGCGCCGAGAGAGGCAGAAAGGGGGCAGAGCGGAGUGGUUGAGGUGGAUGGGCCAGUCGGGCAGGCAGAGGUGGUCAGCGGGUUGGGGCCAGAAGCGGUUCGUCGUCCAGCUGCGCGCGAAAGUAGUGGUGGUGAUGGUGGGUCAUCCGCGGGCUCGUGUCAUGGCGACGGCGGCUUGGUGUCGGCGGUGCUGCCCUUGCAUGAAAUGGGCGUGGUGGUGUGUGCGACGGUGGGCGGGAUGCAGGCAAUGUGAUAAAAGGAUGGGAGAAGGAGAAGGAGAGAGCGGGUGGGUGGGCGUGUGGGGGGUGGAGUCGCGCGGAUUUCAGGGUGUGUGGACAGGCAGGUGCGACUCGGAUGACGAUGGCGGGAGAUGGGGGGCAAGAGCGUGCACGGGUGGAUGCGGACAAGGUGCACUCCGAAGCAAUGCCUCACGUCCACGGUUCGGUGCAGCGAGCGGUGCAGAGAGGAAGGCAAGCCGACGACGGAGAUGGGUGGGGAGGGGAAGGACAGUAGGCGGGUGGUGCAAAGAGUGGAUGGAGCGAAAGGGUGCAGGCGGCACGUGGAAAGCGACAGGGCAGAUGAGCGAGGGCGCACAAAACAGCCGGCGCGCGCUCAUGCAGAUCCACGCUCCGCACCGCGCCGUUCUACCUGCCUGCCUGCCAGGCCCUGCCCUCACCCCGACCAAGGAAAGGCAAAGAGCCGCGCCGGGCCUCACGGACGCAAACUCUAUCCGCCCUCUCCCCUACCCAUUAGCUCCCCUGCCCUCACUCCCCGUGCGGUUCCCGGGCCGUGUACAGCGCCGGAUUCAGGCGCAUCACCACCAACAUGCAGCCUCGUUAUUGGGCACCGUAUAGCCUUUGCGCCGCGGAUGUGCUGACGACGUUCCCUGCCCCGCCACUAGUCCGGGGCAUGGAUGGAUGGAUGUAUCAUCACCUACGAGCUCACAGGCAGCACGAGGGAUACAGGCCAGGCCGGGGGGGUCGAGCCCA